CAUAGAGUAGUGAAGGUUGCAAAAUCUUCCUACCUUAUCGCAGUGCUGGUGUUCAUCUUUGUUUUGAUCUGAUAGCAACUGUUAAAUAUGGGAUGUCAAAUGUUAUAUUGUACCGGGUCAAUAAUGAUUGGGCUUAAGAAACGAGCCCAAACUGUAAAAGGAGGGAAAUAUUCAAAAUCUAGUCCAGCCUAAAAGAGUUUCUUCUUAACUAAUGUUCUUUUGAAUUCUUAAUAGCAUGGUUAUAAUAAUGGUGACAAGGAUGAACAGUGAACACACAAAAAUUGUAGCCUCUUCCUCAUGAGAUUAUCAGCAGAUGUAGAUGCAGCAUCCAAUUUAUACAGAUGCUAGCUAUUAAGAUUUUGUAAAAAAAAAUAGUUGUAUGUUGAACUAUGACAGUGUAUAUAAGUCGAUUGAGGUUUCUUUUGUGUUCUUUGCUUUCCAUCAAUUUUAAAAUACGUUUAAGGCAAGUAUCACUUUACUACUCCGUAUUUUCCUGGCAAAAGGAUCAUUAAGUUUUUAAUUAAUUAAUUUUUCAAUUAGUUUUAAUCUCUUUUUUUUGUAACUGUUUUAUCUUUUUCUUAGUAACUCUACUCUAUCACAAACAUAUAUUUCUUUUGUUUUCAUAGAUUUAUCUGUGUAUUUAAACAUAUGGAUAAUUUGAUGUAAAAAAGCAAUGUGGAUAAAUGAUGUAAUUAACUGAGUAAACUUAUAUCCAGUCCUUAUUGUUCGCUAUUAUCUUCUCCUUGAUAAUCAAAAUAUUCAAAGAAAAUGUUUUAAAUACUGAUUUGUCCCUAAUGUUUAUCUAAAACAAUCUAAGUCGACCAAAAAAACCGGUGAAAAAAUAUUCUGUGAAAAUCAUAGUUUAUCCAAAACCCUCUCAACUCAUCUAUAAAAGAAACACAACUCUCCAUCGACUUAAAGUACUAAAACCUGUAGGGUAUACACAUAACAAUUAGAUACAAAGAGCUAGAUAGAUAUAACAAUGGCGGUGGGUGUGAUGGAUAUCGAAGGAGGUGGUGCUUCCUUACCUGGAAAGACGACUUUUCAAGUCGUCAUGUGCAGUAUCAUUGCUGCUGUUGGUGGUCUCAUGUUUGGUUAUGACAUCGGAAUCUCAGGGGGUGUGACGAGUAUGGACACUUUUUUACUAGAUUUUUUCCCUCACGUGUACGAGAAGAAACACAGAGUGCACGAAAACAACUACUGCAAAUUCGAUGACCAGCUUUUGCAGUUAUUCACUUCUUCUCUCUAUUUAGCUGGUAUCUUCGCUAGUUUUGCCGCUUCCUUCUUAUGCAGAAGGUUCGGAAGAAAACCUAUAAUCAUGUCCGCCUCCAUCUUCUUCCUCCUCGGUGCUAUUCUCAACUACUUUGCCAGAGAUCUCGGCAUGUUGAUCGGUGGUCGUAUUCUCCUUGGCUUCGGUAUCGGUUUUGGUAAUCAGACCGUUCCAUUGUUCAUCUCGGAAAUUGCACCACCUAGAAUCAGGGGAGGACUAAACAUCGCGUUUCAGCUUCUCAUCACCAUUGGAAUCCUAGCAGCGAGUUUCGUGAACUACUUAACCUCCACGAUGAAAAACGGCUGGAGAUACUCUCUCGGUGGUGCGGCUGUUCCCGCCUUGAUCCUCUUGAUAGGAUCCUUCUUCAUCCACGAGACUCCAGCUAGCCUCAUCGAGCGCGGCAAAGACGAGGAAGGGAAGAAAGUCCUAAGGAAGAUCAGAGGCAUCGACAACAUCGAACUCGAGUUCAACGAGAUCAAACGCGCCACGGAGAUUUCAAACAAAGUGAAAACUCCUUUUAAAGAACUCUUCACAAAAAGCGAGAACAGACCGCCGCUUGUGUGCGGAACGCUGCUUCAGUUCUUCCAACAGUUUACUGGAAUCAAUGUGGUUAUGUUCUACGCUCCGGUCUUGUUUCAGACCAUGGGGAGUGGUAACAACGCUUCUCUGGUCUCUACCGUUGUAACCAACGGUGUGAACGCACUCGCCACCGUUUUCGCCGUCAUCAUGGUUGAUAGGCUGGGUAGAAAGUUCUUUUUGGUUGAAGGAGCAACUCAAAUGAUGGCUACACAGAUAACUAUUGGAGCCUUGCUCUUAAAAUACUUGCACCUAGUGGGCCCUAUUACAAGUCACGCCGUGCCACUUAUAGUACUGAUCCUCAUCUGUAUCUAUGUGUCUGGUUUCGCGUGGUCGUGGGGACCAUUGGGAUGGCUUAUUCCGUCUGAGAUCUAUCAACUUGAGGUGAGAACAAGUGGUUACUUCUGUGCAGUGGCGAUGAACAUGGUGUGCACUUUCGUUAUCGGACAGUUCUUCUUGUCGGCGCUAUGCCGAUUCAGAUCGGGCUUGUUCUUCUUCUUUGCGGUCAUGAACGUUAUCAUGGGACUGUUUGCAAUCUUCUUUCUCCCAGAGACGAGAGGUGUUCCUAUUGAGGACAUGGCCGAGCAGCGUUGGAAGAAGCAUUGGCACUGGAAGAAAUAUUUCAAGCAGAACUGAAUUUUUUUUUCUGUCUUGUUGCUCGUAGAAUUCUUAGAUUUGGAAUUUAGGCGGGUUGUUCGCAUCCUGUUCGAGAGUUUAUUAGUUAUAAAGACUUUUUUUUUCUUGCAAUUUAUAUAACUUGUGAAGUUUCUAAUUUUAGACACCUUUUCUUUUCUUUUAUUUUUAAAAUUUAUCAUUAGAAAAUGAUAAAUUUAUUUUUAAAAUUUAUCAUUUUCUUUUAAGCACUUAUUUUUUUUAUCAAAAUUUUGUUUUUAAUCAUUAUCCACGUAACUGAAGUUUUCGGGAAUUGAAUUGGUCAUCAAACAAAAAUAUUUUCCAGUUUCCAAAAUCAGCAUAUCUAAUAGAGUUUAUCCGUAAAAAUGAAAUAAAAUAACAAUAAAAAUAUUUCUUCCGUUCCAAAAAAAUAGUUUUUUUAAUAAAUGUAUAGUUUUCUGUAAUUUUCCAUUUUCAAUAACUUUUAACCAAUAGUAGUAAUUCAACAAAGUCAAUUAAUUUUUUUGAAAUUUACAAUUUUUUCAUAGAAAACACAAAAAAAAUAAUAUCUUUGUAUUUUUUUUCUAAAAAGUUUAUCU